CCAGCUUCUUCGCUUCCUCUAAACUGGUCGCUCGACUUAUACACGCGGCGUCUGCCGCAACACUGUUCACGAUGGCUCAAGGCUCCCUGGCUGUUCAAAAUGUCCUAUCAUUAUUCCGUCAAACAUCAUCUCCUCGUGUCCUCGGACUGGCGCCUCAAAUCGCUGGAUUGAAGCCUGCUGUACCACGGCACGCGCUGCCUCAUGCUUCAACUACCCCGUUCAUUGCUUGUAUCGGCAGGCAAUACUCGACUUUCCCUCGCUUCGGUUCUUCCCUCACUACUCGUCCUACCCCGAGAAUUGGGAGUAUAGGGUUAGGCCUUGCACAACGCAGAUUGAUAGUGAUUGGCCCUACGCAUACUCAACUCGUUCGUUAUGAAAGAGAAGCAAAUAAAUACCCAAACAACGCCGCGGCGCAAGCUCCUUUCUACAAUGCACUACUGAUGGCGGAUAUGCCCCAACAUGUCGUCGACAGGUAUAGAAGUGGCAAGUUUGCGUCCAACAGCAUGGUGGAAAGAAUCUACGCACAGGCCUUGGAGAGGAUGGGUCAUUCCGAUAUGUCUGGACAAGAAACAGGAGGGGCACCAAAUCAAACCAUCCAAGCUAUUGGACAAGCCAUAGCUGCCCGUACCGGGGGUGGCUCAGUUGGCAAGGUCAAAUCCGGCACUGGUGGGAAAUCUGAUCCCUUAUAUGUGGUCGUUGACGAAUCCCUUGGGUCUAUAAUCUUCAAAUGGUUCCGUUGGAUUGCUGGAUUUGCUCUGAUCAGCUAUUUCGCUUUGAUCCUCAUCUCCCUGUUCGUCGAAACCAGCGGUCUCAUGAAAAAGGUCGGUGGCGGUACAUCCGCCGAAGUUCGCCCCGAGCACCAAACCACGCGUUUCAACGAUGUACAAGGCUGUGAUGAAGCCAAAGAAGAACUUACUGAUAUUGUCGAUUUCUUGAAAAAUCCCGAUCGCUACAACAAACUCGGCGGCCGACUACCAAAAGGCAUACUUCUUAUUGGACCUCCAGGAACUGGAAAGACUCUGCUGGCUCGCGCCGUCGCAGGUGAAGCUGGUGUUCCGUUCUUUUACAUGUCUGGCUCUGAGUUCGACGAGGUCUACGUAGGAGUUGGUGCCAAACGCGUUCGCGAACUGUUCGCUACUGCUCGAUCCAAAGCUCCUGCUAUCGUGUUCAUCGAUGAACUAGACGCUAUAGGUGGUAAGCGUAAGUCGCGUGAUGCCAACUAUCAUCGCCAGACCCUUAACCAGCUUCUGAAUGACCUCGAUGGUUUCGACCAGUCCACUGGUGUCAUAUUCAUUGCUGCCACUAACCACGCGGAAAUUCUGGACAAGGCUCUGCUCCGACCUGGUCGUUUUGACCGACAUGUUCAGGUCGAACUGCCUGAUGUCACCGGUCGCUUGGCUAUCCUGAAGCACCACCUGAAGAAAAUACGAAUCUCGCCCGAUGUCGAUCUCUCUACAAUUGCUCGGGGCACCCCUGGCUUCUCAGGCGCUGAACUCGAAAAUCUUGCGAACACAGCAGCUAUCCAGGCUUCGAAGCGUCAACAGAAGUCUGUUACCCUGGUGGAUCUUGAAUGGGCCAAAGACAAGAUUUCUAUGGGCUCUGAGAGGAAAACCCGGAUUGUUCCGCUCGCCGACAAACUCCAGACUGCAUACCACGAAGGCGGACACACUUUGGUUGGACUUUACACUAAAGGCUUCAACCAGCUACACAAGGCCACAAUUCUGCCUCGCGGCAAUGCUGCCGGUAUCACGUUCUUCCUCCCACAAGAGGAGCACCACCGCUCGCGUCAACAGUACAUGACUCGACUGCAGGUAUGCAUGGGUGGUAAGAUGGCUGAAGAGAUUGUCUUUGGCCCCGAUUCAGUCGGCGACGGUGUGUCAGGCGAUAUUGAACAAGCAACGCGACUUGCCUAUAUGAUGGUUACAUCAUUCGGCUUCUCGGAUCUUCUCGGCAAUGUUGACUUUCGGUCUAACUACGAACAAGUCUCUCCUGAGACGAAACGGCUCAUUGACAAUGAGGUCCGUCGCUUGAUUGAUGAAGCUAAAGAGAGCGCCAAGAAACUCCUGCUCGAAAAGCGGCCUGAAUUGGAUGCCCUCGCCAAGGGGCUGGUUCAGUAUGAGACCUUGGACAAGGAUGAGAUUGUCAAGGUUAUCAAAGGCGAAAAAUUGCCUGAUCGUAUGAUGGCCAUGACUGAUGCGCAGAUCAAAUUGCCAGAAAUACCAUUGCCGCCCACGGUGAAGCCACCGGUCCGUGGCAGCCAGAGCGAGGAUGGAGUGUCAGCAGAGACAAAGGGUAGCUAG